CACAAAAAUGGCAAGAUUACUAGAUAUUUUUAUAAAUUAUCAAGUAUAUAAUUAGAAUCAAUCAGUUGGAAUAAUUAUUCAGUGAUAAGCCAAGAAUAUAAUGGAGCAAUGAAUAAUUACCCUAUGCUAUUUUAAGUAAGAAAAAAAAUUUCCUGUGUUCCUGUUCAAAGAGCGGGGGCGGUACCCACGGAGGGCAGGCCAUCAAACUCGCGGGGCGUAACCCUCAUACGAAGGAAGGCGGUGCGGAAUCACCUUUUGCAAUUUAUGACAUUUACAAUCCAAUGUAACAUCUUAAUUAACCAUUAUAUUCAGGGGGUAAUUUUAUACAGCUUUAGAUACUUCCGUGAAACCAAUCACCAUUAUCAAGAUACCAAUACACUAAAUAGUACAGAUGUAAUCAACAUUGUGAUUAAAAAAAAAAGAAAAGUUUGAUAGUGAAAAUUUUUUAAUCACUGAUUCACUAAGUUUCCUCGCGAAUCGUGAUAAACGAUGCCUGAAAGUUCGAUUUUCCGAGGCAUUUCAUGCUACUCUGGUAACGCCGAAAGGAAUCGAUUGAUUGGAAAUAGUAGAAAAUACUUGCCAUGGAUAAAAACCAUUUAAGCUGACAGAAACACCAAUUAUCAAUAAGUCAGUGAUAAAGUUCGAUCACAUUCAGAACUUUUUACUUCAAUCACUUCUUAUAUAUCAUAAUACAAUAUCGUUAUUACAGUACAUACCAAUUAUUAGUGCUAUCCUGAUGAAUUUAUCUAGUUCACGUUAGAUUAGAGCCGACGAAAGUUAUCUAAACUAUACUAAACACGUGGUGAUCACUUUUUUAGGUGUAAAUAAAAUUGGUGUACGAAAUGUUUCUUAACGAGACAUUGUUACUUUUGACAUAUACAGCAAGUAUGAUGUCAUCUCUUACGAAUAAAACAGAAUUACGUGAUUUUGGAGCUAAUAGUAAUUUGAAUAAUACUUCUACCACAACCUUAUCGCCGGAAGAAAUAGAUAAUGAAUUUAAUUUUGAAGAUGAGUGGUAUAUGUGGAGAUGUUAUCAACCUUAUGGAUGUUUUUAUAUUGGAACUCCCUGGUCUGGAGAUAAUCGUCCAGUAUCAACAUUUCCAGGUCGACCUGACAGUAUAGAUCCUCAUUAUAUGCUUUACACUCGCGAACACACUAAUGAUCCACAUGAGUUGUUCAUUGAUCAAUUUGAUACCAUCAAUCAAUCACCGCUAAAAAAUUCUAACAAUCUCUAUUUUAUUGUACAUGGAUAUUUAGAUAAUGGUGAUAAAACAUGGAUUUUAAGAACGAAACGUGAAUUACUGAUACGUGAAGACUGUAAUGUUGUCGUAGUCAAUUGGAUUGGUGGUGCAGGUCCACCCUACCCACAAGCAGUUGCUAAUACAAGAUUAGUUGGUGCUAUGACGGCUAGAUUAGCAUCACAAUUAAUUGAAGUUGGCAAAGUAUCACCUCAACGAAUUCAUGCUAUUGGUCACAGUCUUGGAGCUCAUACAUGUGGAUACCUUGGAUAUUAUUUACGUGUUCAAUAUGGUUAUAAUCUAGGUAGAAUAAGUGGUCUAGAUCCUGCUGAGCCUCAUUUCAGUAAUACUUCGCCAAUGGUACGAUUAGAUCCAACUGAUGCCGAUUUCGUGAUUGCAAUCCAUACUGACUCUAGUCCAUUUAUGACUGGUGGACUUGGUAUUAGUCAACCGGUUGCUCAUAUUGACUUUUAUCCAAACGGUGGACGUAAUCAGCCAGGGUGUAAUAAUGGAGUCUUAAAUUCAAUAACACUUGAACGAGGAAGUUUUUUCAAAGGAAUCAAAAGAUUUCUUGGUUGCAAUCAUAUUCGAAGUUAUGAUUACUUUAUAGAGAGUAUAAAUACUGAUUGUCCAUUUCUCGCUGUUCCUUGUACAUCAUGGGUUCAUUUCCAAGAAGGAAAGUGUUUCGACUGCAUCAAUCAGUACUGUCCUAGAUUUGGAUUUGAUGCUCAACCAGGAAAUUACCAUGCAUCAGUUUAUUUAAUGACUGCCUCUGAAAAACCUUUUUGCAGAGGACAUUACAAAGUUAUAUUAACUAUCUCGAAAAAUGAUGAAAGCAUGAAUCACGGAGGAGAAGUUGGAAUGUUCAUUAUUAAAAUAAUAGGAGCAGGUCACAAAGAGACAGAGCAAUUACAAUUAAGUGAAAAUUCAAAGUACUAUGAACCCGGAAGUAUACAUACUGUUGUUCUACCAGGAGAAGUUGUUGGAAAGCCAGAAGCAGUACAUAUUACAUGGGAAUAUCAUACUUCAGUAUUCAAUCCGUUAACUUGGCGAUUACUUCAUAAACCUAAAGCAUUUAUAGAUUCUCUACGAAUUGAUAGUUUGGAAAUUGGUCAAGGCAUUACAGUUUGUCCUGAUGAAACAAAAACUUUACUAACAAAUGAACCAAAAAUUCUGACAAUUGAGAAUUGCCAUCAUCAAGCAGUCAACAUACACUCUACUGAUUUAAAUACAGUCUCUACAUUAUUUACUUACUCGUCCAAAUGUAUUUUAAUUGAUUUAAGGAUGAGAAGUAGUGGGGAAAAAAAUCACUUCAUUAUAUCAACAUUCAGGAUUCUAUUGAUUUGUCUUUCUGGUGUAUUUGUUCCAACUCCCGGUUUCGCUGGCAUUCUAGAUCCUUGGCAGUGGGCUAGAAGUGAUAAAAUUGAAGUCAAUAUACCUUGGCUACCAUUUGAAAAUGAAACUCGAUGUUAUGAUGAACUGGGUUGUCUAAAUAUCACAAGAUCUUGGUAUCAUCUUAUUCACAGGCCUCUAAAUGUUUUUCCAUUGCCACGUGAAGUUAUUAACACUAGAUUCAUUCUUUAUACUAAUGAAAAUCCUACUGAAGGACAAGUUCUCAUAGUGGAUAAAGAUAGAUCAAUUAGAAAAUCAAAUUUCGAUUCGAAACGUAAGACUAAAUUUAUAAUUCAUGGGUUCAUUGAUACACCUUUGAGCAAUUGGGUCAAGGAAAUGAGAAAUGAAUUACUUCAACAUGGUGAUUAUAACGUAAUAAUUGUUGAUUGGGCUGGUGGCAGUUUACCAUUAUAUACUCAAGCAACUGCCAAUACCAGAUUAGUUGGCCUAGAAAUAGCAUAUCUUGUUAAACAUCUGCAUGUGAAUUAUGGUUUGAACAUGAGUGAUGUUCAUUUAAUAGGUCACAGUCUUGGUGCUCAUACUGCUGGUUAUGCUGGCGAAAAGUUGAAUGGUCAAAUUGGUCGAAUUACUGGAUUGGAUCCUGCUGAACCAAAUUUUCAGGGUAUGCCUAGUCAUCUGCGAUUAGAUUGGACAGAUGCACAAUUGGUUGAUGUUAUACAUACUGAUGGGAAAAGUAUUUUUUUUCUAGGGUAUGGAAUGAGUCAACCAUGUGGUCAUUUAGAUUUUUAUCCUAAUAAUGGUAAAGAACAACCAGGUUGUACUGACUUGAGUGAAACCACGCCUUCAUUACCAUUAACGCUCAUUCGAGAAGGCCUAGAAGAAGCUUCUAGAGUGUUAGUGGCUUGUAAUCACAUCAGAGCUAUCAAACUUUUUAUAGAAAGUAUUAAUUCCAAAUGCCAAUAUGUGGCACAUGAAUGCAGUAGUUACGCUAAUUUUUUACGAGGCGAGUGUUUUUCUUGUAAAAGUAAUAAUAGUUUAAGUUGUGGUAUAAUGGGCUAUCAUGCUGAUAAAAGUCCAGCUCUAGUGAAAAGAUUAUCAAUGGGCCAAGAUAUAUCAGCAUUACUUGGCUCUAAAUUUUUCUUUUCUACUGGCAAAGACGAUCCAUAUUGUCGAAAACAUUACCGAAUAACCAUCAACCUUGCACAGCCUUCGACAGCAGAAAGUUGGGUCCAAGGUUUCAUCAAAGUUACACUUCAUGCAGACAAUGGAGUUAUUCGAAACAUGGAUCUUACACCUAAGUAAUUAAUGAUUCUUUUUUCAUUUAAUCAAUCAAAUGUUCCUUCAUUUAUAUAUUUGUCACGUAACAGUGGUUAUAUGAGACUGGAACACGGAUCAACUAGAAAAAUCGUUGUUGCACAUCCAGGAGGUGCAGCUACUGACAUCGGAAAAAUCCGAAAAGUUGAUUUAUUUUGGACAUAUGACAUGGAUGUUCUUCAACCAAGAUCAUUAUGUUUUUUUUGGUGUAAUGAUCGACUUUAUGUUAAUAAUGUUGUUGUUGAUGUGAUGGAGCUUCCUGGUCGAGGAAAGAGAGAGGCUGAUUUCUCCAGUAAACUUUGUUCAACUGGAAAGCAAGAUUAUGCAGAAGUGGCUAGUGGAUCAAGUGUAUCGUUUGUUGACAAUUGCUCAUGAUGAUAAAAUAUUUAUCAAUUUCAAUUCGUAGUAAAGGAAGGAAUAUAUAUAUAAUAUACUCCCACCGUCUUUCGCAUACUUUCAACUGUAUACAGUGUGAAAAAGAAAUUUGCAUUCGUGAAUUUUUAUUAGUUUACUUUCCAUUGAUUAACGGACUGACUAAUUUUUCUAAACACUUCAAAAUACACAAACAUUGACAGAUUAUUUUUAAUUAAAAUAUUAUUUUUAAUCAAAUUUUAAUAGUUAUUUAUCAAAAGAAAACUAUAUCCAAAGACAUUAAAAUCAACUGAAACCAGUUAGUUUUUUUUUUUAUCACAGAACAGAAAAAUUGUUUAUCAUCCUAAAAUCAUUCCAACAUAAAUUAAUAUGUUUAUAUUUAUUUUUAA